AUGCCAAAAAUUAGACACGCACGAACAAAGAAGCCUCCAGAAGGCUUCGAAGAUAUCGAAGAAACCUUGCAAGAAUUUGCAAGGAAAAUGAAAGAUGCCGAAAAUGAGCCACACGAAGGAAAGCGUCGUGUGGAAUCCCUGUGGCCCAUUUUUCGUUUGCACCAUCAAAGAUCACGUUACGUUUAUGAUUUAUACUAUAAACGAGAGGCUAUUUCAAAGGAAGUUUAUGACUACUGUUUAAAAAAUGGAUACGCUGAUGGUAAUUUGAUCGCAAAAUGGAAAAAG